GCCACAAACAAUAUUAAAAAAGUGUUAAAUAUAUCAUGUUUAGAGCAUCUUGUAAUAUAUUGAAAUGCCGCAAUUUAUUACCAAAAAUACAGAAAAGAUAUAAUAAUAGCGGAAGUAAUGAUGUAGAAGUAUUUAUAAAUGGAAAAUCUGUUUUUGUUCCUAAAUAUUUCACAGUACUUCAAGCCUUACGUCGUGAACGUGUCACGUUACCUACUUUCUGCUACCACGAAAGACUUUCUAUCGCUGGAAAUUGUCGAAUGUGUCUCGUUGAGAUUGAGGGCUUGAUAAAGCCUCAAGUAGCUUGUGCCACACCAGUAGCUAAAGGUAUGAAUAUAAGAUCUAAUUCGAAGGCAACCCUAGUGGCACAAGAAGGUGUUUUAGAAUUUAUUUUAAUUAAUCAUCCACUAGAUUGUCCGAUAUGUGAUCAAGGAGGCGAAUGCGACCUUCAAGAUUUAUCAAUGAAGUUUGGCAAUGAUCGUUCCAGGUUUACAGAUAUUCAUUUUCAAGGUAAACGGGCGGUAGAAGAUAAGAAUUUAGGGCCACUUAUACGUACCGAGAUGACUCGCUGUAUUCAUUGCACUAGAUGCAUAAGAUUCGCUUCUCAAAUCUGCGGCUUAGAUGUUUUAGGCACCACAGGUCGUGGCACAGAUAUGCUUGUCGGAACUUAUGUUGAUAAAAUAUUUCUGUCUGAACUAUCAGGGAACAUCAUUGAUUUAUGCCCUGUCGGUGCACUAACAGCCAUCCCUUAUAUGUUUAAAGCUCGUCCUUGGGAGGUUAGAACAACAAAUUCUAUUGAUGUCACUGACGCGACAGGUACUAACAUCGUAUUGAAUUAUCGAUUUAAUCGUUUACUUAGAGUUUUGCCGAGAGAGCACGAUGAAAUAAAUCAAGAGUGGCUUUCUGAUAAGGGGAGAUGGGCUAUAGAUUCACUUGAAAUGCAAAGAUUAGUAACGCCAAUGUACAGAUCUCAAGGCUGUUUAUGCGAAACUGAAUGGCAUUGUGCUUUGAAAUUAGCUGGAGAUUUAAUAAGAUGUACUUGUCCUGACAAUGUGAUGGCCAUAGCGGGACCACACUGUAAUGUAGAAACUCUUGUAGCAGCUAAAGAUCUACUUAAUACUCUUGGAUCAGAACACAUUUAUGUAGAGCGUGGAUUGUAUUACUCUAUAGCAGGAAUAGAUUUACGUGCUGGAUACUCGUUAAAUGUAAACAUGCGGGAUGUUGCUCUAGCAGAUAAAAUCUUACUUGUGGGCACAAAUCCGCGUUUUGAAGCACCCGUAUUGAAUGCAAGAAUUCGUCAAGCUUACAUGUUUAAUGAAUGCGAUAUUUAUGUCGUUGGUCCAAAAUGCGACUACAACUAUUACGUGAAUUACUUAGGCGAUAAUGUCGAAGCGUUAGCUAAAGCUGGUCAGGCUAUGCAAGGUGCUAAGAGACCUCUUAUAUUUGUAGGAGUGUCUCAAUUAGAAACUGCGAUUGCACCUGAAAUAAUGAGUAUCUUAACCAAAUUAGCGCCUUUUUCUAAAUCAAACAAUUGGCAAGUGUUAAAUAUUAUAACAAGAGAGGCGAGUUUCAGUGGCGCUCUAGAGGCUGGUUGGAAACCAGGUGCGCUCGAAGCCGUCCAGAAAUGCUCACCAAAUGUAUUGAUAUCUUUGGGGGCAGAUGAGAUAUUUUAUGACUGGACACCACCCACAAAUUGUAGAGUAAUUUAUAUAGGAUUUCAGGGAGACCGUGGCGCGGAAAAUGCAGCCGUCGUUUUACCCGGUAGUGCUUACACGGAAUCUGGGGGACUUUAUUUAAACAUGGAAGGUCGAUCUCAGUACGCUAUGCCGGCUAUAACACCACCGGGAAUGGCACGCCACGACUGGAAGAUAAUUCGCGCCUUAGCAGAAUAUAGUGGCGUUUGUUUAAGUUAUAAUGAUCAUAGUUCAUUGUGCCUUAGACUAUCGCAAAUAAGUCCCAAUUUCGUUAAUUUGGGCCAAUAUCAACAAAAACUUUUUUAUGAUUUAUUAGUUCCUUUAAUAUAUUCAAGUAGUGAUAAUAAAAGUAGUCCUUUGAACGUGGAUAUGAAAACUUUGAAAGAAUAUUAUUGUUCCGACGUGUUCACCUAUAAUUCACCUACGAUGAUAAAGGCACAGAAAGCUGCAGGGGAGUUGGCUGCGUGCUCCUAUGCUAGUGUUUAGCAGCUUACAUGCUAUAUUCAUUAUUUGUUCUAUUGUUGAAAUAAAUAUACUUAUUGCGUGUUUUUUUUUAAAUAUUUGACGUCAUAAAAAUAUAUUCUUAAUUUCACUAAUACGUUGUCAAUAUCAGUGUUGUUUUAUUCAAAGCCUGUCAGAAUUGCUCAUAUGACAAAAUAUUAAUAACUAGCAACUCGUCCCGGUUAUGUCUGUUUUUUUUUAACAAAAUAUAGUCAGUUUUACUCGCUGAUAAUAUAGCUUCUAAUUAGUGAAUUUUUUUAAAAUCAAAUUAGUGGUUUUUGAGUUUAUUUAUUACAAACAUACAAAAAAAUCUUUCC